AUGUCUAACACUGGUUUGGCUUUUUCUUGGCAUGAGGAUUACAUGAAUAGCCCUUACCAGACCAGUGUCAGCUCACCAGACAAAAAACCAGCAGUUAUCUCCCUUGACAAAGCUGUGCCAACAUUCAGGAAAGGUGAAGAGAGGAAACAUCCUAGUGACAGUUGUGUGAUUGACUUUGACAAAGACGGGGAACCAAGCCCUCAGGACAGACUCAGCUCUUCAUUGGAGAAGAUGGAGCCCACAAGACAGAAAGAUUUUUUAUUAGUGCCUCAUAAGAGAUCUGACCUUAAUGCUAAACAACAGUCAGGAAAGAAAGAUGUUCAUUCCGUCCGUAAUCGGUCAGAUUCCUGCCACAGUGAACCGAUUUUGGUCCAUGAAAGUGCAAAAGAAAAUCCAACAAAUUCCAGAAAAGAAUCGGCUCCAGAUAUCUUUAUAUCUCUGCACGGAUCAAAAAACAGUCGAAACUUGGAUCCUAAACAAGCUGGCAAUCUUCAGUGCCAAGAAUUUAUGACUACACCAACUAUUAAUAACAUGCCUCCCAGUAAAAAAGGAACUGGUAAAUUUCGAGCUGUGAUGUGUGGUAAUGAUAUUAUGUAUAUCCCAGAUGACGACGAUGAAAACAGCCAAGGCAGCCCAUCUCCACCAAGCGGAGCCUCCAGCCCAAGAACCAGUGUCUCUUAUAUUUCAAUGGAAGAGGGGGAUCUAAAUCCAUCGGUUUUAAUUGAUGAUAUUUUCCGUGUGAAAUCUGCUCGAUCAAAUUCCUCUGGGAUUUUGCCAUGCAUACAUUUGAAUGAAAGUAUGCUGGAGAGCCUGCAAUGUGAACCUGAUGAAAUGUCUGAAUUUACAUUUAUAAAUGAAAUGAAUCAAAAGAUCUCCCCUUCAAAAUUCCCCCUUUUUGAAAAUUCUUCAUUGCAUGGCCAGACUGCAGAAACGUCCCCACCUACAAACAAAACUUUUCUCAAAAAUGCGCCAUUUACAGAUUAUAUUAGUCCGGUCAUUUCACAAACAGACAGACAGUUUGACACCCCAGUUCGAGAUACGUCAGAUGAAAUCCAGAAUAACUCUGUGCAAGAUAUCUCUAUAGACAUCAAAGAGUAUGAAAACUGGAAAAAACAGCCACUAAAAAGUAAUUCUCCUGGUCUCCGGGAUACUAGUGAUGAGGAAUCUGAUGACUUGCAUAUGCCAUCUGAUUUUGGUCAGACAUUAAAACCACGGCGACUAUCCAUCAGUGAUCAGGAUGAUGAGGAGGAAAACAGACAAGAAAGGGGUCGCACGAUGGUCAGACGCUCCUCUCGAAUUAGAACGCCUAUAAAAAAGGUAAAUGAGGAUAGUGAUGAAGAGGAUGAGUUCAAUAGCGGUUUACCAUCUCCUGGAAUGACUAACAUCACUAUCACUGUGGACCACUCUGAAAACACAUGCAGUUCCAACAAUUCCCCUGAAAAAAUAACCCCUUAUCAAGAUAACAUGAUUUUGGAGUUUGUCAAUGGAAUCAUCACAGAAUCGGUUAAAAUUGUGCAGCAGUCGAAAACUCCAACACCUGAUGAAGAAAAACCUCCAAGCAAUGAGAUUAUAGCAGGAGAUGCUUCCAUGCAAGAAGAAGCCACUGCCACCAGUGCACCUUCUGUGGAUGACGAAAUCCGCAUGUUCAUGAAAGAAGGAAAUGAUAAAUUCCAAGAUUCCAAGAAUUUUGUUCCUUCCAAUAAUACUUCUAGCCAAGAGCAGAAGUCCAAUGCUUUUGCCCAAAAAGGAUGGGAUCGUCUACCCCAUGAUAUUAGCGAUGCUGAGCUAAAGGCUUUUGCAGAGCACACGAUAUUGUACAAUGAGAUGAUACGCUCUGGAAGAUUUCCCCCCAUGAAGAGCCAGUUAGACACAGUCAGAGAGGAAUCAGUGCCAGACAGCAGUAGCCCAGACACUGUACUCACUGACCCACCUAAAACACUGCCAAAACCCAAACCUUCUGCUGUUCAAAAAGCCAAAAACACAGAACAUACUCAAGAUAUUCCAGAUUCAACAUCUAGUCAAAAGCAGUCACCAAAAGUUAAAACCCUUGCCCGGGAUUUUGAAGAAAAGAUACAAGACUUGGAAAAAAGCCCUCCUGUGUGUCCCCAGAACAGCCCAAAAUCAAAUUCAAGUGACUCUGAUACAGCACAUGUAAAAAACGUUAACUGUUCUUUGCAAGACAUCUUUCCAGUUUCAGAAGGUGGAUAUUGCUCCGGUGCUAGACAAAAAGAACCUGAGAAAAGAGAAAGUUUUUCAUCUGGUGAGGAAAGACCAGGGGAGACAGAAAGUUUCUCAUCUAGUGAGGGGAGACCAGGGGAGACGGAAAGUCAGCAAUUGCCACCCGGUAUUGGUUUAAGUCAACUAUUUUUUUCCAAUGAUAUUUCACCGACAAAGGACAAAACCUCUGAUGACAUGAUGUUCAUGUUUCGAUUAGCACCUGAAAGCUAUAAAAAAGCAUCAAUUGUUGAACUUAAUGACAGCGAGAAAUCUGAAGCUGACGAUAUACUUCAAGGUGUUCCUCUACUUGAAGAAGAUGAUGAUAGCAAUGAUGAGGACCAAUUUCAAGACCUCUUCAGUCCUGGACCAGAAUAUCUAUUCAGCUUUAAAACAAACACAGAUGAAAGUUCUUCAAAAUUCAAAGAAGAAGCCACUGAUGCAUCAACUGAAAAUCUUGACUAUAAAAAUAAAAUGAAAACAUCCAAAACACCGCCAGUUGCCCAAAAGCCAGUAAGGACCACAGAGGAUACAUUUACUCCAGAAAAGCCACCACCUAUUGCUAAAAAACCUGUAAGGCCACAGCAAGAGCCACCACCAGUAGCUAAGAAGCCAAUAAGACCUGACCCAAGUCCAAUUAUUCCUGAAAAAGCAACUGAACAAAAGGCAAGAAUGAGCCCUUCAGAGUCCAUGCCUGAGAAAACUGCAGUAAACACUAUGUCAGAUACAGAAACUUCAGGUAAGUGCACUGUUAGUUCAGUGAUAAAUUCAGUUACUCCCAAAAAGCAGUCAGAUCAAACAAGCCCUGUGCAAGGGUUACCCAGUGUCAGAAAGCCUAUGCAAGAACCUGUUAGUCAAGAAAUAUCUGUUGAAAACCAAAGUUCUGUCAGUGAAAAGAAACCUACAGUAAAUGAGUCAGUUAACAUUGUGAUGGAAUCUGUUAGGCCUGUGGAUAAAUAUGUUGACCCACAGGAAGUAACAAAUGAGAACAAAAUAUUGGCUAGCUCUUUGGAGUCACAAGCUAGCCCUAUAAAAAGAGGUGAUAUUCCUGGAAGGCAGGCAGCCAGCCCUGUCAAAGAACAAGAUGUGAUGGAGAUAGAUAUCCAAAUGGAGCAAGCAACCAGUUCUGCAGAGCAGGUAACCAGUCUUGUGAAAGCUUUGGACAGCUCUGUUGAGCAGGAAUCUUGUCCUGUAAAGGAACCAGAUAGUUUUGUGGAACAGGCAUUCAGUUCUGUGAAAAGGCCUGAUAGGCUUAUGGAACAGACAGCCAAUUCUGUGGAAGAACUGGAUUGCUCUGUGGGGGACAUGGGCAAUCCUGUCAAAGAAAAAGAUAGCCCAGAGAAGACAUCCUGCCCAGUGGAGCAGGCAACCAGUCCUGAGAUAGAACCAGAUUGCCCAGUGGAGCAGGCAACCAGUCCUGAGAUAGAACCACAUUUCCCAGUGGAGCAGGCAACCAGUCCUGAGAUAGAACCAGAUUGCCCAGUGGAGCAGGCAACCAGUCCUGAGAUAGAACCAGAUUGCCCAGUGGAGCAGGCAACCAGUCCUGAGAUAGAACCAGAUUGCCCAGUGGAGCAGGCAACCAGUCCUGAGAUAGAACCAGAUUGCCCAGUGGAGCAAGCAACUGGCCUGCUAGAACCAGAUUGCCUAGCAGAGCAAGAAUUUUGUUCUGUGGUGAAACCAGAUAGCUUAUUGGGGCAAACAACAACCAGCCCUGUGAAGAAACCAGAUAGCCCUGAAAAUGAGCCUACUAGCUCUGUGCGGCAACCUGAAGAGCCUGUGAAUCAAGGAGCCAGUUCUAUGAGCCAGACUGCCUGUUCUGUAAAUGUACAAACCAUCCCUAGGAUGGAACCUGUUAAACCAGAAAAGCAACUGGAUAACCCUGAAAACAUAAAUAACAUUAACCCAAUGAACUCCACAGCUACUUCUGUUAGCCCUAAAAUGGCCACUGGACAAGCUGAAAAUGAGUCUCUGACAACAUGCCAACAAAACUCAUCAGAAAAAUCAAAAGGUCUUCAGUCAACAAGUGACCCAUGUCUGACCUUCACUGAUUCCACAGGAAUUGACGUCAGGAUGGAAAAACAUAUGACUCUUGAAGAUCAAACUUGUUCACAAUCACCAAUCAAUAAGCCUCUAGAGCUGUUAGGCCAAGAGGAAAAACGUUUAUCCAUUGAUUUAACUGACCAGACUGAUGUAAGUGAGGCCAGUAAUGUGUCGACAUACAUGCCAGCUAUGUCAAGUAUCGAGAGUGAAGAUUGCUGGUUCGACAGCCAACCUGAUUCAUCAGAGACGGAUUUGCUGCGGGAGGAUUCAGAUUAUGAACGAAUGAUUGCCGCAUACAAAUCCAGCCAGAUCCAAAAUUUAAGCACCGAAGAUGACGAGACUGCCAGCAAUGUAACUCUGCACAGUGACCCCUCGUCGGCCUCACAGUCAGAAACUAAAAGUCAAGAUGGAGAAGAGAACGCUAAAGAUUCUCACAGCAAUUGUUGA